GUAUGUGGGUGUGUGUGUUUGUGUGUGCGAAAAGAUUGUGGCCGCGGCCAACCGAGCCGCCGCCCCGAAACAAGUGAACUGAGGCUGAGGUUGAGGCUGAGGCGCUGCUGCCAGCUGCUCCAAUCAACCCGCGGGUUGCUGACUUCCCACGGCGAUACUCCGGUCUACGGAGGUGAACGAACGUGCGCCACACAUUGCGUCCCGUGCAUGCCGUGAACCGUAGGUUAGCUGGCUGCGAUUGUCGGCCAGGCUUCGUUAUCUGCUGCUCCAUCAGGGGCGGGCCUCGAGGACUUCCACGCGGGUCCACGUGACUUCGUCCUCGGCGACGAAGAGAGCGAGCAAGCGAGCGAGAGAUACCUAGAGAGUGCGAGAGACAAUUGAGAGACGGCAGAAGGGGACGGUGCCGUAGCAGAGACAGAGGGGCUGCUGACAGACCACCACCAACAUGACCGUCGCCACGCUGCGGCACGUCCUGUUGCUGGCGGCGGCGGUGGCGACUGCGGCCACAGGAGACGGGUCGUCGAUCGUCGACCCGGUGGCCGGCGGCGCCAGCGCCACGUCGAACCAUCGGCCACCCCCAUCAACCGCCGCCCCCAGCCGCUCGAUGCUCGUCAAUCAACUGGCCCCGGGUGGCCCGGGCAACGGUUUCAGCUCGAGCAGCUGGCGGCCAGCCACCAGCGCUCCGGCGGAGCGAUGUCGCGAAGGAUGCCUCCAGAAGCGUUCCAUCAAGGAUAUUCUCUGCGCACAGCAGCGCGAGUGCUCAAUGUGCUGGGACGUGUGCAACCGACACAACCAGGUCCGGCGCGAGAACGAGCUGGCGCACCGGCUGCUCCUGAGCUUGGUGCGCCUGGUGCGCAACGAGUCCGUGGUGACGGCGGGCCUCGAGUGGACGACUCCGGCGGAGCUGGUGCGCCACCAGCCGCUGGCGACCCGGGCCGACGGGGCAACCCAGCUAGCGGCCACCGAGAACGUGGAGCGCCUGGUCCGGAUUUCACGGGCCGAGACAGGAGCGCAGCCCGAGCGGGCCACGACGACGUCCGCCCCGCCGCGCCGGUCGCCGAUGCCGGACCAGCUGCAGCAGUACCACCAGUGUCUGGUAUCGUGGGAGAUCCUGGGCGGCGGGCUGACCGGUAACCUGCUAACCGAAACGUUCAAGGUGGAGCUGUCGCUGUGGCCCAACACCAAGUACCACGUGCACGUCACCUGCCGCAACAAGGAGACGGACGCGUUGAUUCGGUCGGCGUCGCUGCUGGUCGACACGAGCGAAGCGCUGAUCGCAUCCACCUCAACAGUUGGUCCGCCACCGGAUGACGAGCUGAGCGUCGACGACGAUGGCGAGGUGAUGGCUGUCGCGGCACCACCGUUCGGUGGAGGUCCCGUUCCCGGCACCUCCCAGGAGCUCCUCAUCCUCGGCGGGUUCGUGGCGCUCCUGCUGCUCGUGCUCCUGUCGCUAAUCGGCGUCAUGCUGGCCGUCGCCCAGAAGCCGGCCGUGGCCGAGGACGGCGAGCUACUGAUCGAGAGCGAGAUCCUGCCGAAAAUCUUGCACGUCUGAUGAGGGUGGGCCGGUGGACCGCGUUGGACGCUGGACUCAAUCGCGACUCCUAACCAUCCAGCGCUGUAAAUAGUUAUACACUUACUUACACACUGCUCCCCCACCCACACACACGCAGGUCAAGAUCCAGCGUAGAAAGCAAGAAAUACUAGUCUUAGUAGUGUGUGUGUGUGUGUGUGCGUGUGUAUGUGGGAAAGUCUUCCGCGCUCUGCAGCCUGUGAGCGUGUGACUAGCAGACAGCCCGGACGUGUAUAUCCUUUUUUUUAACUUUUCUUCUCUACUUGGUACUUGGCCGCGAUGGUUAGAACAUAGGUCCAGAAUCCAGCGUGGAUAGACCGCGGGGUGUGUACAUAUAGACGGUAGAAGAAUGGAAAACAUCGAACAGGAUAUUUAGGAAGGAAACGCCAAAUCGACCAAAAAUCUUUAAAACUAAAAGCCGACAACCGGAGCAAGAGUGAGGGAAACGUGAAGCGAAGCGAAGGGCGAGCAAAAGAGUACAACACGAAGGCAACUUUGCACAAAACUAUACAAUCACCUCUCGAAGCGGGGAAGUAAAAGUGGUUGAGCAGAAGAGUGGAAGAAACCGAGCCGAGCAGAACCGCAGAGCCAAGGUGCGGGAGUAAUCUUAACAGCACAACGCAAUACAGGGCUUUACCACUAGCGAAAUGCGGUUUUCGUUUUGUUUGCUGUACAAAAAACGGGGUGAUCGAGCAAAGAGAGCGAAGAAAGGAAAGCAAACGGAAAAGGCGAGACCCACAAGAAGAAAGGGAGUGAUUUAAGCCGUUAGGAUAAAUGGAAUGGAGGUACUAGCGAAUUGUGUAUGUACGUGCGGCGGUGCGGUAUGGCUCAAGAUGGCAUUAGUAGUUUUCGUAAAUUGUAAAAAAAAAAACGGACAAAUCGCAUAGAUACGCACAGAUAUGCUCAGCUCAUUUUUCUGACACUCCGGAACGCACUACCAGCCGAACCAGUUCACCAGCUGGACAACCGAUAAAGAGGGAUAGAUAAUGGGAAAGCUCACAAAACCUAGAAUAGAUUGGAAUAAAAGAAAGAGAAUGAAAGGGAGAGAAGGGCGAGAGAAAGAGAGAGAGAGAUAGAUAGAGAAAAUCGAGAGCGAGACAGAUGAAAGCUAGGUAUGUUGGGAAAAGCCGAAAAACGGUUCGAAACGCCGAAGUAAACCGAAUAUUCGAAUACCGAUUCGAAGCAUCUAGCGGAUUUCACCCGGCACCACCCGAGCUGCUGUGUUGUACAUAUAUAUGUAAAAAGACUGACUUGAGAUCUGACUGUAAAAUAAAACUAUUUUAAAAAAUA